CGCUUGAUAGUCGAGGUAGAGCUCCACAGAGAGAAGAUGUCGGGUCAGACGCUGACGGACCGCAUCGCCGCGGCUCAGUACAGCCUGACGGGAUCUGAGGUGUCCCGAGCUGUGUGUAAAGCCACCACACACGAACAGACCCCUCCAAAGAAAAAGCACAUGGAAUACCUGAUCCAGGCCACCCAGGAGACCAAUGUGAACGUCCCCCAGAUGGCUGACACGCUGAUGGAGAGGGCCGGCAACGCCAGCUGGGUGGUGGUUUUCAAAGCCCUGAUCACCACACACCACCUCAUGGUGCAUGGCAACGAGAGAUUUGUGCAGUUCCUGGCAUCUAGAAACACCUUGUUCAAUCUCAGCAACUUCCUGGACAAAACUGGCUCCCACGGCUACGACAUGUCCACGUUCAUCAGACGCUACAGCCGCUAUCUGAACGAGAAGGCCUUCGCCUACAGACAGAUGGCUUUCGACUUUUGCAGAGUCAAGAAAGGAGCUGAGGGAGUGAUGAGGACCAUGUCAGUAGAGAAGCUGUUGAAAGGAAUGCCCACCCUGCAGAGCCAGAUCGACGCACUGCUGGAUUUUGAUGUGCAUGCCAAGGAUCUGAACAACGGAGUGAUAAAUGCCUGCUUUCUCCUACUCUUUAAAGAUCUGAUCAAGUUGUAUGCCUGCUACAAUGACGGCAUCAUUAACCUGCUAGAAAAAUUUUUCCAGAUGAAGAGAAGCCAGUGUAAAGAUGGGCUGGAGAUCUACAAGAGAUUCUUGACACGAAUGACUCGGGUUUCAGAAUUCUUCAAAAUUGCUGAGCAAGUGGGAAUAGACAAAAAUGACAUACCUGAACUAACCCAGGCCCCAGAAAGUCUUCUGGAGUCCCUGGAGACCCAUCUUAACACACUGGAGGGGAAGAAGCCAGAGGAUAAGUCACCUACUAAGGAUGCGACUGCCAACAACAGCUCGCCGGCUGCUGCCGCUGCGCCAGCCAAACCCGCGCCUCCCGCUCCCACCGGUGGGCCCCCUGCUCGCCCCGGGCCACCUGCCAAACCUCCUCCGCCCUCUGUCACCCCCACCGCACCGGCCCCCGCCGCCACCACAACUAUCAAAUCUCUUGGCUGAGGCAACUCCGGCUGUCUCCGAUGAAGCCUCUGAAGCUCUCCUGGCGGAGGGAGAGUCCGCUGAUGCUGAUGCUGAUGCUGCAGCCACUGCUGCCCCUGCAGCUUCCGCACCCACAACCGCCGUUGCCGCCGCUCCCACUGCCACUGCACCGGCUCCCGCCUCUCUGCCUAUCUCAGCUCCCGCCACCACCACAGCCACAGACCUCGAUCUUUUCGGAGAUGCGUUUGCACCUUCCCCAGGAGAUGGUCCUGCCGCCGUGGCCGCGGGCCCUGCUGCUGAUGCGUUUGGUGGAUCUGACCCCUUCGCUACGACGGAGGGGAGUGCGGACAUUGCUCCAGAGCUGGACCUGUUCGCUAUGAGGCCCACCGACACGGUGUCCACCACCAUCACCCCUCCCACCUCUAGUGAGGCGCCGACCAUCGUCGUCCCAAUCGCUGCCCCCGCUGCCCCCACCCCUUCUUCCACCACCACCACUACCACCACAACCACCACCGACACCACCACCACAGAGUCUGCAGCCGCUCCGACUCUAGAUAUCUUUGGUGAUAUGUUUGAUUCUAUGCCUGAGCAAAGCCCUACCACAGAAUCCAAAGCUGCUACCACUCCUAGCGUAGACCUUUUUGGUGCAGACCUUCCUGCUGUUUCACGCGGGCCCUCACCUUUGCCCGAGCCGGUUCCGGCUGGAGACAUCGUGACCGAUUCAUUUACAUCUCCAGCUCCUGUUGCUGCUCCUGCUGCGGCUCCCGUCCCAGAGGUCUCCUCUCCACCCAAAGCAGCAGAGCCGGCACCUGUCAUUGACCUGCUGGACUCCUUCGGCAGUCCUGUGGAGGAGACGCAGAGCGCUGCUCCUGGAGGGCCCGGAGACGACCUGUUGGGAGGCCUGAUGUCCCCCACGCUGGCUCCCACUGCCGUCCCAGCUCUGGCUCCAGCCUUCGCUCCUGCCCCGGUGCAGAACGACCUCCUGGAGUCGGGCUUUGAUGCUCUGGGCUCCCUUACCUCUCCAACACCACCUGUACCUGCUGCAGUGGCAGUAGUACCAAUAGUACCAGCUGUACCAGAACCAGCAACCACCACACCGGCGCCCUCUGGUGGCUUUGAUGCUUCAAUGUUGGGGAUUGGAUUAGGCGACUUGCUGAUGCCCGCCGUAACUCCCCAGAGCACCGGCGGCAGCACUGCUGGAAGCACAGCAGGAAGCAUGGGGACUCCUGUCGCAGCGGGAGGCAUUGCAACCGCUCCUCCCGCCACCCCACCUCCCGGCAAAACCAUCGGAGGAGACCUGGACUCCUCACUGGCCAACCUGAUUGGAGACCUUGGAGUAAAGAAAAAGGACCCACAGAGUGAGAAGAAGCUGACAGGAGGCGCCAACUGGAUGCCACAGGUAGCUCCCACAAGCUGGGGUACACCAGGAGCCCCCAUGGCUGGUGCGGCCCCUGGAGCUCCUGGGGCACCAGGAGCCGCUCCACCUGGUGCAGCCAUGGUGCCACCAAUGAGUGCACAGCCUGGCUUUGGCAUGCCUCCUGCAGGAGGACCUGGAGCUCCCAUGAUGCAACCCAUGAUGGGGCAGCCUAUGAUGGGACAGCCCAUGAUGAGACCUCCCUUCACUGGGGUGGCUGGAGCUGCACCCGGAGCCGCUGCACUAGGAGCACCGCUUUCUCCAGGACUUGCAAGCCAGAGCACCAAGAAGCCCAAGGACCCUCUGGCAGAACUCGACCUCAAGGACUUCUUAUAACGCUCUAGCUGCUUUCUUCUCUGGAGCAGGGCCCUCUCACCUUUAACCUGGUGUCUGUCAACAUCUCAGGAUGCCAGCGAUGUUCAGCUACUCAACCUUCUAAGAGCCUCUUUUCUCCACCCCGCCCAUCAACACCCCACCCUUCUCCUGUGUGAUGUCGUAGCACAAACUGUGAAAGUGAACCAUAGCGGAUUAUAUAUAUAUGAGAAAAAAAAAAACAAGUGUGCUUAUGUAGAUGUACUAAUCUUUUGUCUAAACAAAAUCACUCAAAACCCUGACAAAAAAAGUCCACAAAAGUAAGUGAGAGAAAGUGAAGGCGUACGUGUUUAGAUUUCUUUCUUGUGUUGAGUUGAAUGAUGGAUGUGCUUUGGUGUCCUAAGCUCCACCCACUGCCCCAUAUGUGUCCCCGCCUCCUUGUGAAGGGGGAGGAGCUCUUCUUUGUCCCUCUCUGAUUGGAUGGGAGUGGUUAACGAAGCCCCGGUAGAUUUUCGGAGAAACAUGUUGUGUGUUGUUUACAGGGGUCCUCUUUGAUGUACAUAGACUUCUCUGGUGAGGAUUACGUCUCUAUUCUGUAUGUCUGUUGAAGAGAAAUAUAAAUGUGAAUCUGACAUGAAAUUGUAAGAAGUCGUGUGAUUAUCCUUCUAUUUCCCGUCAUCUUUUGAAAGUAUUUGGAAACAAAUAUGAAUACUGCUAUAUGAUUAAUAUACUGUAUAUUAAGAAACAACUUCUAUGGGCUUCUGAAUCAUACCAGACCAGGAAGUGAUUCUUUUUGUUUGUUUC